AUCUGUUCCCUUAAAAAUGACAUGCCUAAUUCGCUACAUGGGUUUCCACAAUUUAACUAAUAAACUAUGUUAAAUUCAAAUGACAGUAUCUUUGCUCUCCUUUGAGAACGUUGUAGUAACCAGAUUUCAAUACAUUCCAUUAAUCAUCACCUAUAGCGCACUAAGCCAGUUGGUUACCGUUUGAGAAUAUCCAGACAACACAUCCAGAGAAAACUGAUUGGCAAGAUAUAGUCCCACAGCAGCAAGGAGCCAGUGAUAUUCUCAAAGCAAGGGUGUAGCUUACAUCCGUUUACUUACAGACCACAGAUGUGGUGUCCCUGCUUAAAUUCAAUACAUUCCUAAGGUCAAAAUUAUGGGGGGCACGAAAUCAUGCAAUGUCAGACCUGUCCUCAAACAUAGUAAAUAUGAUCUAUGAUGCCGUAGCCAUCACCGGCCCCAGCAAGUGCAUCGUAGUUGCUGGUCCCCUCCUCCAGGAAAGCCAAACUUCCGGACAAGGCAGCGUCAGUGGGCUGCCCAUUUCUCUCACUAUAGCCGUACAUUGACAGCAAAGGCGCGAAUCAUUACGCGCCCGGCGAGGAACCGUCAUGCCAACGCUGUCCUCGGGAACCUCGAACGUCUACGUAUACACUGCCCGCGGAGCUCAAGUGCAUCGUGUGACCUACGCUGACUGUCAUACACCUCCUGAGAAUUGAGGUGCGCCGAAUCAAUACGAUAAGACCACACAGGCUAAAUACCGUGACAGUUUUGGAAUAGACAUCGAAGGAAAGAAAAAAAGAAGAGAGCAAGAUGAACAACCUCCUCAAAAUCCUUUGGACGGUAUGGUUUGCAUUCGGUGUGUCCCAGGGUCGGAUGGUGACCGUGCCUGCCGGACCCCUCAUUCGAGUAGAGGGUCAGUCGGUGGCGAUUCCCUGCUCCGUCACGGACUACGAGGGACCCAAUGAGCAGGACUUUGAUUGGCUGAUCGUGCGGGACCCGGACCCCGUCCAGAUCAUCUCCACUUUCGACACCUCGUUCACAGAUGUUUCCCUAAAAGAGCGCGUGGCCAAUGAGGAUAUCCGGAUACAGCGGCUGGCUGACAGCAAAGUGGAGCUCAGGAUCAAGGAGGUGAAAGUGACGGAUAGCGCCACCUACAGGUGUAAAACCCCCAGCACGGACACACAAGUUGUGGGGAAUUAUGAAGCAGAUGUGGAAGUUAGAGUCAUACCCAACAGCCUUGUGGUGGAGCCGCGCACCCCUGCAGCUGUCAUACCCGAGGGUGGCUCCGUGGGGCUAUUCUGCAAUGCCUCCUGGGAUCACACUCUGGGCACCCAGCUGUCUGUCACCUGGUCCGCCCGCAAAGGAGUAGCCACGCUGGAGGACCUGCUGACGUUCGGGCCAGACGGAGCCGUGGUGGUGACAGACAUAGCGGCCCAGCGGUACGCCAGCGGCGGGCUGAGGCUGGACCUGCACCGCAAGGGGACCUACGGGCUGGCGCUGACCGGAGCCAUGCCAGCCGACCAGGGCGUAUACGUGUGCACGGUCCGGGAGUGGACGAAAGAGGCGGGGGGCGCCUGGUACAAACUCCAGCAGAAGAGAACAGACAUUGGACACGUCUCCGUCACAUCCACAGCCCAGUCCCUCAACGUCUCUGCGCAGGGCAGCACCACGCUGAACACGGGCGACACCCUGACCCUCAGUUGCACCGUCGGCGCGGACGACUACUCCCUCCUGGGCCUGGAGGUGGCCUGGCUGACGGACGGGUCCCGCGUCCUGGCCCGCUUGGACCGAAACGGUGUGGUGAGCAACGGCUCUGGCAUGGAAACGGCGGCGGCGGCAGGGUUAAGGCGCGUGGGCGAUGGGGAAUUCAGGCUGGUGGUGCCCGCCGUGGAGACGUCCGACGCGGGCCAGUACUUCUGCCGGGUGCGGGCCUGGGCCCGCCUCAGUGGGGGAGGAUGGUACCAGGCGGCGGAGAAGACCUCCAACCAGGUCCAGGUUCUGGUGACCCAUUUAGAGACAGACUUCAGUGUGCUCUUCUCCGCCCUGAUCACGCCGCGCCUCCCUGGCGAUCCCACCGAGCUGGAGUGCCGCGUGACCAACGUGACACACCUGCGCGACGCCCGCUUCGGCGUCUCCUGGCACCACACGCCUGUGCCCACCCACCCGGCCACCACCGCCCCACGCAGCAUCAUGAUUGGCUCGUUGGAUGUCAACGGCGCGUUGACGCCCGGUCCCCGUCACCGCCGUCGCCUGGACGCCGGCCUGGUCGCCAUGACACGCGAGGAGCCGCUCACCUUCAAGCUCCGCCUCCUGCACACCGGCGAAUCAGACAUGGGAGAGUACACCUGCAGCGUCAGCACGUGGAGCCCCGCCCGCUCCGGAGGAUGGGAGGCCGGCGUCGACUACCAGACUCCCAUCUUUAAACUGGCUUUCGCUACUAAAAGCCCGACUCUGAGUGUGGUGGCUCGUCGCGUGCGGGAGGCCACCACCGGCGGGGGCCACGUUCGAGAUGAGCUGCCAGGUGAUGGCCGAGAACCUGCGCAACCCAGCCUACUCGGUUCUGAUCCACACCCAGGCCCAAGUGGGCGCCCCGCCCCGCCGCAUCGCUUCCCUGAGCCCGGAAUCCGUGGUGCGGCUGGAGGACUGGAGCGAGCCGGGCCGGCAGGACUCCGUGGUGUUGCUCCGGACCGGUCCCAACGAGUUCAGCUUCCGGCUGCAGGGGGUCCAGGUGUCGGACCGGGGCUUCUACUCGUGCGAGGUGAGCGCCUGGACCAAGCAGCCGGGAGAGACGGACUGGACUAAAGCGGUGCGUGGGGAAUCCAACAAGGUCCAGAUCUCCUUCGACCACACAGGCCCGUCAUUCGGCAUCUCCAUCAGCUCCGACACCACGAGCCUGUACCCCUGGGAGACGGCCAAGAUCGAGUGUGCCAUGAGUGUCUCUGGAACCCCUCCAAACCCAG